AGAAACUACAUGUGUUUUCAAAAAAACAAGGACUCCAAUGAAUUUUGAUAAAUAACUUUGGUUAAUGUGAUUUAUGAAAAGUAGCAUAAACAAUGUAUUGGUUUUAGAGGAAAAUGUAUUUGUAUAUAUUUGUAGGAUUUUAAUCAUGAAGCGGAGAGGUAUUUAAUUCAGGUAAAGAGUCCCUGUAUUUUUGAACAAUCAAAAUGGCUUCGUCGGAGCCGGACAACGGUUAUAUUUAUCAGGUUAUGUGGUGGAUCGAGAACAGAAAUGACACGUCAUUCGAUUUUACUCAGCCUUACAUUCGCAAAUCUCUCAAAUACGUCUAUCCAAUAUUUAUGUUCUUGUAUGCGGUUGUUGGACUGGUCGGGCUCGUUGGUAACAUUGCUAUGGUCAUUGUCAUGGGAAAGCGCCGCCUAUAUCAGGACCCAACAUUUUUCUUCCUCGGAAAUAUAGCAUUUUCCGAUCUUAUAAAGUGUGUCUUCGUUUUGCCUAUAUCGCUAGCCAACAUGUUGGUUCAGAAUUGGAUCUUUGGCAGCUUUCUUUGCUUUUUCUUACCUAUGAUCCAAUUCUUUCCGAUUCACGCAUCAAUGCUCACUUUUUUAUUCAUAGCGAUAGAUAGAUACAGGGUUAUUGUAAAUCCUUUCAAAGCCCGAGCUCCAGCGGGUCUUUGUAUAAUUGGUGCUUGGGUUGGUGCUAUAUGCGUAGUAUUACCACACGCUGUGUAUAUAAAAUAUAUAGACCUCGGUGCUUUAUUUGGAAAGAACUUUCGUGGCGUAGGAAUUUGCUAUGUGAACAUGGAGCGUCACAUUGAAGAAUACUUCAGGGCAAUGUUUGUUACAUUAUAUGCAUUGCCUCUUGCAAUCAUAGGUUUCCUCUAUGUUAAGAUUUCAGCAGAGCUUAAGUCAAAAGAAACAGCCUCGACUGUCGUUCAUUACAGUAUAUCAAACGGUAACAUUAGCAACCGUGCAUCCAGAAGUGAGGAGAGUACACCAAAAGUCACAUGGGCACAUGACUCAGAGCAAAGACAUAUUGAAACGGCCCGCCAAAAAGAAUACGCGGAUCGAGCUACUCAAGAUAGCGACGAUGAUCUUGACCUUGCCAAAGAAAAGAUAACUCAAAAUUAUCUUAUUUCCAUGGUUACGAUUUUCGCCAUGUGUUGGUGCCCAAUGAACAUUCUUAUUCUUGUGCAUUAUUUCGUACAUGAAGCGGCAGAGGACGUUUCUGGACAUUUUGACAUUACAUUCAUUACUUUUGCCUGGUUUGGGUAUCUCUCAACUUGCGUCAAUCCAAUAUUAUUUGCCUCAUGGUACAUGCCUUCUUCGACAAAAGACAGAUUAAAGGGCUACUUCCGGUUCAGUAAUAGGAGACGAAGUUCAUCUCAGAUCAGCCGUACUGAAGUUUCAGAAUCAUUCGUCCUUCCUGCGACACCAUCCCCUAGAGAGCAUAGAAAGUCAUUACGUUCAGCCACACCGUCGCCAAGAGUGCACAAGAAGACAGUGCGCGUUCAGCUUAAAGCCCCGGAGCUGUCACCAUAUCACAAUGCCGUGUAGACAACAUUUUAUAUUGUCAUGUUUUGUUAUUAUGCUGGUCAGUGGCAGUUGUUAAAGCUAUUUUGUAAAUUGUUUAAAAUAAAGAAGUAUUGUUUGUGAACUUUUGUUAACGUUAAUGAGCAACUUUAAAAAAUAAUGCUCGACACACCGUUCUCUAUGUUUUGUACUUCGUUUUUCAUUUAAUUGUUUGUCGUUCCAACAAAUACAACAACUAUACUUACUUUCGGGAAUAACUUUUAUCAAGUCAUGGUAUCGAGAUAAUUUAGAACAACAUUAAAAAGACAUAUACUCAAACAUAUAAUCAAAAAAUUUCUAAAAUUCCUACAGUGACUUCUUUGAUGUUGCACGU